AUGUCGUUUACUAGAACUUUUUAUUAUUCGGAUGAGGACAACACUGAUAAUGAAGAGGAAAGCGAGAAAUCAGUCAUCUUGAACAGUGGUUGUCAAUCUGAUUUGAAGGACACCGAAGGGAGCUCAGACUCUGUUAGCUGUGGUAAACAAGGCGAUGUUUCUGGUGAAGCCUCGUGCGAAAGCCGUUUCGAGGAAGAAAAGGACAUGGCAAUGCAGGAAAGCAUGGCAUUAGUUGGAUGCUCCAGUGAAAAAGCUCCUCAUUCUGAAUGGAUUGAUGUGGUUGAAAUGAACAACCAUACUACUCAGGGUGCAGAUGUACCUUUUGCAAAGGCUGUUGUUGUUUCUGUCGAUCAAGAAAUCGAGGCUGUAAAACAGGAUGCUGACAAGGUUGCGAUUGUAAACUCAGAAAGCCGUCAAGACACGUCAGGUCCAAAUAAUGGUGAAACUAUUGAAGAUUUAUCCACACUUCUUGAACCAAAUGGCUCUCCAGUGUCCAAGUUGAGUGCUCCCAAAGAAACAGCUGCAAGUAGAUGCAAUUCAGAAGAAGCAACACUGAAUUUUGAUGAUUUUAGUUCUGCAGCAGAAAUGGAGGUUCUUGGAUUGGAAAGGCUAAAGAGUGAACUGCAAGCAAGAGGGUUAAAAUGUGGAGGGACCUUGCAAGAGAGGGCAGCCAAGUUUUCCUUUCUCAAGUCUACCCCUUUAGACAAGCUUCCAAAGAAGCUUCUUGCCGCAAAGUAA